AUGCGCCUCUCGAGCCCACCACCACUACCACUGGCAAGACGUACCGACGACGGCGGCGGCGUCGGGCACAUGACCACGGCCCAAGUACUCAUCUGGCUGGUUCUCAUAUACGCCGGUGUCGUGUGCCUGCCCGUCCUCCUCGGCCUGGGCUGCAGCGUCCUUGGAACGGUCUUGGGGCUCCUGGACGUGAUGAGAGCGCACGCUCUCGACAGGACAGCGUGCUACCUCGUCAACUGCGUCCCCAAGCUGUUUGCACUGUUCAACAUGCCAAUGUUUGUCCUCGCGGCCCUCCAGUGUGUCGUCCCCGUCAACGACACGUACGACACGUACAGUAAAGCCCUCGCCAUCAUGCUUGCGCUGGGCGUCGUCUUCUUUUUCCUCGACGAGCUGGAUGCCUGUGGCUACAUGUGUGCGGCACGUGUGCGCCCACUGGUGCUGCCUGCUGCCGCGUAG